CCACACUGGGUUUCAUGGCUGACCUGACUGGACAGGAAGAAGCUGAAGUUUACGUUCAUGGACCACUUUAAUCACCUUUCUUGGGAAAGAUCCUUGCGUUGCACCUGGUUUUCCUGUUUGGUGCGACUCAGAAGCGCAAAGGUGUUGUGUACCUGACAAGUGGGCACCAUGAACUACGUGGGCCAGCUGGCAGGCCAAGUUCUGGUGACGGUGAAGGAGCUCUACAAGGGGAUCAACCAGGCCACGCUGUCAGGUUGCAUUGACGUCAUCGUGGUCCGACAGCCCGACGGAACAUUCCAGUGCUCCCCUUUCCAUGUCCGCUUUGGCAAACUGGGAGUCCUUCGCUCCAGGGAGAAAGCGAUCGACAUCGAAAUUAAUGGAGAACCGGUGGAGUUGCAAAUGAAACUUGGAGACAAUGGUGAGGCUUUUUUUGUCCAGGAGACCGAACAAGACCACGAGGUAGUCCCUGCGCGCCUGGUGACCUCGCCCAUCCACACGGACGACGUCCCCGUGGACAUCCAAGAAACCGGAAGUAGUGGAACAACAACAGAGAGCGGUCGGUGUCUGAUGGUUCUGGAAGAGCAACCUCGCCCGAAUGUGUGGGGAAAAAAGAGGAAGAGGAGAAGGAGGAAGCACAAAGCUGCCACCCGCAAGGAGCAGCAAAACCUGCCAGCAGGAAGCAAGCUGAAACUCUGUGGGCUUAGUUCAGAUGAGGAGAACAACUUGCACUGGUCUUGCUCAACCUCAAUGAUAAAAGACAAAACGGACAACUGUGGACAUUCCUCAUUCGCUGCCCUUGAGUGGGACAGCUACCCUUUUUCUGACGGGGACUGGGCUCCCUGCACCGAGGGGGAGACGUCCGAGGCCACAUUGCCUAGCAGCGACUCUGAGCUGAUGGUGAAGCCCACAGAAAGUAUGCUCAGGAACGAGUCACACAUGCAGUGGACCUGGGGGGAGUUUCCACAAUCUAAGAGGGUAAAAAUGGUCAGCAAAAAGGAGAGGUCCGAGGCAGGAGUUCUGACCAUCACCCCAUCAGACAGCACACAUUUCAGAGUCAUCUCCAGCCAAGUGUCUCAGACGGGCAAGCGAGCAGAAUCGUUGGACAUCGUUAGACCCGAACCACGUAAUGCCACAUCAUCUCAGGACGCCUCCACACCUCAGCUCGCAAGCAUGACCCAGCACGGGCCAGAACCUACAAUCUUUUCGUCCCAGCCAUGCACAGCUAAUUUCAACCUCUGGGAGAAAAACGCACACAAGACCAGGUGGACGUCUUCUCCACCCGGCCGCAGGGAUAGCCGAGAUUCAGACAUAACCUCAUCCAAGUCCGCAGACUCCGCGGUCAAAAGAAAGAGUGUGAGGAAGAGGAGUCACCAUCAGGGCCCGGAAGAUAUUUACCUGGAUGACCUGAACGUGCUCGAGCCCGAUGUUGCUGCUCUGUACUUCCCCAAAAGUGAGUCUGAGCAGGUUCCAAAACACUGGGUCGAAACGGGGUCCCAGUCGGGCUCACAGUCGCCACAGUCGACGGGCAGCGGCGCUGCGGACAGCGGCACAGAGUGUCUGUCCGAUUCUGCCACCGAGCUGCCUGAUGUCACGCUGUCGCUCUGCGGCGGGAUGAGUGACAAUUCAGAAAUCGACAACGAAAGAUUCAUGGAUCACAUCAUCACCUAUCACGAAUUUGCAGCAAACCCAGCGAUUAUUGACAAUCCCAAUUUGGUGGUUCGGAUUGGACACAGAUAUUACAACUGGACCCUGGCAGCGCCGCUCAUCCUCAGCAUGCAGGCUUUUCAGAAGAACCUCCCAAAGGCCACAGAAGAAGCCUGGGUGAAGGACAGGAUGCCCAGAAAGUCUGGUCGAUGGUGGUUCUGGAGGAGGAGCAGCGUGAAGCAGUCGUCAACAGAGACCAAGCCGGCACAGGAGAGCCCAGACCGCAACAACAGUCCGACAACACAACAAAGAACACCUGAGUGGUCCAGCGACGACGACAACAAAGAGCUGAAAGCCGCUUAUGCGUUAAGUGAGCGCGUGCAGACGGAAGGCCCCGCCCCCAGCCCCGCCUACAAGAAGUCCCUUCGACUGUCAUCAGAGCAGAUAGAGGGUCUGAAGCUGAGGGAGGGGCCUAAUGAUAUCGCCUUCAGCAUCACCACUCAGUAUCAGGGCACGUGCCGCUGUGAGGGAACCAUCUACCUGUGGAACUGGGACGACAAAGUCGUCAUCUCCGACAUCGACGGCACCAUCACUAAAUCGGACGUGUUUGGUCAAAUUCUGCCACAGCUGGGCAAGGACUGGACUCAUCAAGGAAUCGCCAAGCUGUAUCAUUCCGUGCACCAGAACGGUUACAAGUUCCUGUACUGUUCGGCUCGAGCCAUCGGCAUGGCGGACAUGACGCGAGGAUAUCUGCACAAGGUCAACGACCGCGGGACUCUCCUGCCUCGAGGACCACUCAUGCUCUCACCAAGCAGCCUCUUCUCAGCCUUUCACAGAGAGAUGAUAGAAAAGAAACCCGAGAAGUUCAAAGUCGAGUGUCUGACGGACAUCAGGAAUCUGUUCCGACCGAGCACGCGUCCCUUCUACGCGGCGUUUGGCAACAGGGAGAGUGACGUGUUUGCCUACAAGCACGUGGGCGUGGCCGUGUGUCGUAUAUUCACUGUCAACCCCAAAGGCGAGCUGAUUCAGGAGCAGGCCAGAGGCAAUAAAACAUCAUACGACCGACUGAGCGAGCUGGUGGAGCACGUUUUCCCCCCGCGGGCUUGCCAACACAGCACCGUCUUGAGCUGCCCCGAGUACAGCGCCUUCUUGUACUGGAGGGAGCCCAUGGCCCCCGUGUGUUUGGAGGAGCUGCUCUAGGUCACGCCCCACUGUUGUACACUUCUCGUAUGGCGACGCAAAUAAACAGGACGAGAUCAAAGCGUCUUGCUU